CACAAUCAUUUGCAUAGUGAUGCAAUCAAAGUCAAGUUUUGAUUGUGAAAUCAAAACUAAUUCUUCCCCCAGACUUGCAGGUUUGGGCAAUGAUGCUGAUGAUUAUGCGCAUUGUGCGCUAACCCUAUUAGAAAUCUAGUGGUAUUCACCAUGAUUUCUUCUGGAAAUAUUUUACAAUGCCUAAUAUUGUGCAUUUGGUUUGGUUUAAUUUCUGCGGCCACCAUCAACUAUGAAUAUGAGAAAGGCGUGGUGUCAACACUGAAGCACUGCCCAGGCUACUAUUGUGGACGCACGCUGCUCUCCAAUGGAUCUUGGUCGUCAUGUGGACAGUGUGACCGUGGCACGAGACGUAAUGCCUCCAGCGCCUGCAUGCCCUGCUCUGAUGAACCCAGCUUCUAUGAUUGGCUAUACCUUGGAUUCAUGAUGCUAACUCCCUUGCUGCUCAACCUACUUUGUGUCGACAUUUCUCUUAAGAAAAACAAAUUAGAGGAGCGCACCUGGCUUCUGUAUGUGUGUGUGGUGGUGGAAGCCGUACUGGCUUCUGUCAUCACACUGCUCGUGACUCCUCCACUGGGGUCACUGACGCUGUCUUCCUGCCGUCCCAGGGAUCUCAGGGACUGGUACCCCAUCAUGUACAAUCCUAACCCAAACUAUGAAGGAGUACUUCACUGCACCCAGGAAGCAGUUUAUCCCAUGUACACAAUGGUGCUGGUGGGCUACUCGGUUUUCCUGGUCCUGAUGUUGGCCUUGCGUCCUGCCAUCGCUGAAGUUGUGUCAAAGAAAGCUAAGGUGGAAGAUGCAGGCGCCAUCUACUCGGCGCUCUACCUGCUACCAUCUCUUACAGUUAUACAUGCUCUCUUUGCCGGAGCCAUUUACACUGUGUUCCCUUACCUGGUGAUCGUUGGCUCCAUCAUCUCCAUCGCAACUUACUUGGCUUAUCAAGGAGACCAGAGAGUGCGCGUGCUGAUACGCGUAUUCUUCCGCGACAAGCGCUCAGUGCUGAUACUGUUGGGUCACUGGUGUCUGCACGCGUACGGCAUCAUCGCGCUCACGCAGCUCACGUACCCCGUGGUGCACGCAUCUCUCUGUGCCCUCGUGCCCGUACCUGCUCUCUUCUACGUGCUCACCGCUCGCUUCUCAGACCCCACCAGAGUGCAGGGCUGUGCCAUACCGCCGCCGGCGUCCACUCGCCCAUGUUGAACACGUUUAUGCUAAUGUUAUCCUUUGCCUUAGUACCUGGUGUCUCCGUAUACUUUUUUUACGGCUGUAUUGACUUUGCCGAGUUUUGUUUGCUCAAAGUCCUGAUCAUUCAAAAUCUCUGAUAUCUUUAAAUUUACGCCUUUUUCGCAACAUUUUUUUAUUUUCAUAGCCAUAUUCGUUGAAUUUUCUAUCUGAAUUUCUAGAUAGUUGACGGUUGUUUAUACAUCAGUAUUUGUUUCGUCGAAAAUAAAUGUUUAUUACUUUGUUAGUAUAGUUCGCCGCUUUUAAAUUGGCCUUGAAUUUGUAUAUAAGCUCGUGCUGAUCUAUUUUUUCAACUGAUCUGAAUAAUUUUUUCCUAUUAUCAGCAUUGUGAAAUUCCCGAGAUUUUGAUACGAAAUUGAACAACGAAAAUAGUAAAUUACUAAAGUGGAAGAAUAAAAAAAAUUUUCAAAGAGAAAUCCUCCAGUUGUCUCGUUCAUUUUAUUGUAAAAUGUUUAUUUCUUUCAGCCACAAGCUCAACGUAAAAUGAGUCAUGUUUAGAAAGUGAAGCUCUUCUCAUUUACUCUUUUUUUUCUUUUGAACAAAAAUGUCAAUAGUUAUCUUUUGUACAAUUUAUAAUUACACUAAAUAAAUUUCGGUGUUGAAUAUUCUAAUAAAACUCUAUUUUUG